UUCAUUGCAACCAAGAAAAAGGCGUCCUUCGGGGAGCCGGCCCGGGCUCCGCGGGCGCCCUGAGGGCGGUGGCGCCGCGCGGCCCGGCCCGGCCCCGCCCCGCUCCCGCCGUGCCCCGCGCGCGCCGCCGUUUGAACGGGGCUAUGGAGGGGCUGGCGGCGCUGCCCGAGAUUUGGCGGCUCUACUUCGCCCCCGUCCGCGCCGCCACCUUCCGCAACUGGCCCUUCACCGAGGGCUGCGCCUGCACGCCCGAGCGGAUGGCGGCGGCGGGCUUCGUGCACUGCCCCAGCGAGAACAGCCCCGACGUAGCGCAGUGCUUCUUCUGCCUCAAGGAGCUGGAGGGCUGGGAGCCCGAGGACGACCCCCUGGAGGAACACAAAAAGCACUCUGCGGACUGUGGUUUUCUUUCUCUUCAGAAGGAACCUGCUAACCUGACGGUGCAGGAGUUCCUGAAGCUGGACAAAAUGCGAAUGAGGAAGGCACUUAAAAAAGAGAUUUCUCAGAAGAUGACCAAGGUUGAAGAUAAAGCAAAGAUCCAGCGUUGUGGUAUAAAGAAUCUGGCCUAGACUGCUGCAGCUUCAUAGUUGCCAGUGACAGGCUGUGGCACUGCCCCUUUGACUGAAUGGCUGUGUUUCCUGAGGCUGCUUCCAGACCGGUUGUCCCUGAGAAGCAGAGGGAAUUCACUCCUCCAAGUCUGUCUGAGAAAUACCUGGGCGUUUGAUGCAUUGCAUACAUAGUCUUUUUCUGCAGGGAUUCUCCUAAUGUUCCUGCUGAUUUUUUAAGGAUUAUUACUUAUGGGUUUACCUUUUUUCUUCUUACUUUUUUUUUCCUUUGUAAUACAGCUGUUUAGAGAUAUUGCUGUCUCAUAGAGAUAGAGAUAGGUUUAGCUCUGAUGCUAAAACUUGUAUUUCUGAUAGGAGUUGACAUGCAUUUCCAUUUUUGUACUGGUGCUUUUAGAUACUUUGGGACAUAGAAAGGGGAAGGAGUUUUAAAAAUAUUUCAGGGAUUUAGGAUUGUGGCCAAUAACCUUGAGUUAUACCACACCUUAGUGUGCCUGGUAUUCUUGUAAAUGUCUGUAGUUGGCUGCUGCCUUGUGUUGAUGCAUUUAUAAAUAAAAGUUGAAGGCACAACAACAA